CUUCCAUUUCCAACCUUAUCUUCAAUUCCACUGGAAGCAAGCUUCCAAACAACAGGCUCCAAUGGCUUCCACUGCCAGCACUGCAAUUCAAAUUCAAUUCCUCCCUCGUGCUCUACAGACACUUCAUCACCAACGAAGCCAAACCACCAAGUCUAACGUCCCACACCAACGCCCACUGCUCCAUAUUAUCAAAUGCACAUCGGCUUCAAACUCAGCUGCAGCUGAAGAUGAGUUCCCAACCCCAGGGCCGGAGUUUGAAACCACCAUCAGCCCGGACAGGUUCCCGGUGGAGAGGCGGCGGAGGUCAGAGAUAAUCCGGGACCGGAAGGUGAGGGGCGGCACGGUGAAGCGGGAGCCGCCCAACCUGCAGAUAGGGUGGAAGAGGAGCAAGGAGAUAGCAGUGGAGAAGCCAACUGGGUAUGUGAUCAUGGACUUCCUGGAGAAGCUGGUGGGGCUGAUGGAUAGGGAGUUCGGGUCGACGGCGCUGCUGGCGAAAGCCGGAGAGAUUGUGGCGGAGAGGGCCAGGGAGGAGGCGGAGGUGCUGCUGGAGGAGGGGAAGGUGGAGGACAGGAUGGUGACUGAGCUGGGGAGAGUGUUGAAGCUGAUGGAAAUGGAUUUGGCCAUGGUGAAAGCUGCAGUGAAAGAAGAGACACUCAGUGAGAGGCUGCAACAAGCCAGGGCCCGCUGCAGGCAGGCCAUUCUUGUUGCCAAUUCAUUUUGACUGUUCCUUUGUAUCAAUCAAAUCACAAGGCAACAGACAACUCAAGAAUGAAUUGAAGAGUCCCUAUUGCUAUUC